AUGUCUUCCUUGAAUCAUCCAAUUCCACCUAAUUCAACCCUAGUUACAACUGCAAGUUCAAAUCAAAGUGGGUCAAAUGAUUUUGUCAAAAAAUUAUUUCUAAUGUUACAAGAAGAUAGUUAUAAAAAUGUAGUCAAAUGGACUCAAAAUGGAGAUAGUUUUGUUGUUUUGAACACGAGUAAUUUUACAAAAGAUAUUUUACCACGUCAUUUCAAACAUUCGAAUUUUGCAAGUUUUGUUCGACAAUUGAAUAAGUAUGAUUUUCAUAAAGUCAAAAUCCCUAAUGAUGCCAAACUGACUUAUCCAUAUGGUGAAGAUGCAUGGGAAUUUAAACAUCCAAAUUUUAAAAUUAAUGAUCGAGAAUCAUUAGAAAAUAUAAAAAGAAAAGGACCUACAGCUAAAAAAAGUACAAAUGGAUCAAAAACAAGUCUGGCUCCAGCUGAAGAAAAAGAAAUUAAAACUGAAUCAACUAAUGAAUCUAAUGGAUCUCACUCAUGUAAUUAUAAUCAAAUAAACACUGCUCAAAAUCAAUUAAAAGAUCAAAUAAAUCAAUUAAAAGAUAGCAAUCAAAUGUUGAAUCAAGAAAUAAAUAUUUUAGAACGAAAAUAUAAAACUUUAGUUGAACAUAUAGUUUCAAUAAAUUCAUUUAAUGAAAGAUAUCAUCGUUCUAUUAGUGUGUUGAUGAAUGUUUUACUACAAUCUGGAAUCAAAAUACCUCCAUUGGAUUUCCCACCUCCUGCAAAUGUUGGAGCUUUCAAAUUGCAAGAUUCACCAACAUUUCCCAAUCUAUCAGCAACUUCAUUACCAAGUAUAUCUCAACAUUUACAACAAUCAUCUCCUAGAUUGAAUCAAUCACCUAUCGUGCCACAAAUAGUACCUCCACAUAUUAACAGAUCCAUAUCAAUACCGCAUCAUACACGAAAUCAUGGUAGUGUUUCGUAUUCCAUUACAAGUCCUGUAAGUGGAUUAGCUUCAAUAAGUCGGCAUCUGUCUAUUCAUCAACCAAAUCCCCCUUCAGAUCAAACACCCACUUCAACUCCCAAUAUUAAUCAGGAACUUGUACAACCAUCACCAAAACCAGUAUCUCCAUUAACAAAUUCUACGGCAUCACCAAAUGCUGCUGGAACAGCACCUUCAGCUGUAAAUACAUCAUCAGCAACGGUUAACACUACAACAGCAACUAUCAAUACAACAAACAUACCAAACCCAAAAUUUAAUGUUUUAUUAGUCGAAGAUGAUAAUGUUUGUAUCCAACUAUGUAGAAAAUUUUUAGUAAAAUAUGGUUGUCAAGUUACUGUUGUUACUGAUGGAUUAAACGCAAUAUCAACUGUUGAAAAUACAAAAUAUGAUUUAGUAUUAAUGGAUAUUGUUAUGCCUAAUUUAGAUGGUGCAACAGCUACAAGUGUUAUAAGAUCAUUUGAUACAAAAACACCAAUUAUUGCAAUGACUGGAAAUAUUGAAGAUAAUGAUUUAGUUACAUAUUUACAAAACGGUAUGAGUGAUAUAUUGGCAAAACCUUUUACAAAAGAUGAUUUAUAUUCAAUCUUAUCUAAACAUUUAUUAAAAGAAGAACCAGAAACUAAAAAGCAAAGAAUAGAUUGA